CUUUAUUUGCAGGAAACUGUAAAGAAAGCUGUUCUACAAAUCACAUCAAGUUUUUUUCCUACAAGUACAAGAUUGCUGAGAGUGGAGCUAGCAGUGCUGUAUAAUCGGGGAAGCUGAGCGCAACCCUCAUUUCACUAUGUUGUGGCCGGAAUAAUUCGGUCUGUACCAUUCUUGGUCGAUACAAAUCUUAUUCUCUCGCAAUCCACCGUUGCCUAGCUGAUUCCGGAGGCGCAAGUUAAACCCCCGGAAGCAAGAUGAACAACUCGUCAGUCAAACGCAAGCACCCUGAAAAGGGCUCCAGUGACAGAUUUCCUGGAAACAAGCGGCGAUGCGAGAAGCGGAGCUCAUACAUAGAGGAGCUGUACGAGCUCAUCACGGCGAGCCUCAGCAACCCGGAGUCGCUGAAUAUGAAGCCAGACAAGUGCGCCCUCUUACAGGAAACGCUCAGUCAGAUUAAACGCAUCAAGCAGCAACAGGAUGCUGAACAUGGAGAAGAGGUACAGCAUAGCCAUGUAUCCUCCAGCAAGCCAGGCGUUCCUUCAGGGGACUCACUGGGCAGUGUUCUACUAGAGACACUAGAUGGGUUCCUGUUUGUGGUUAACAGCCAGGGAGAGAUUGAGUAUGUGACGGAGAAUGUCAACAGUUAUCUCAAUUAUCAACAGGAGGACCUGAUAGGAACAUCCAUCUACAGCUAUGUUCAUGUUGGAGAUCACAAUCCCUUUACCAAGUGCCUGCACCCUUCAACAAGUACAGCGACAUCGAGCAUCUGGCCUCCAGAUGCAGCCAGCACACCUCAAUGUGGCCGCAACCGCUCUUUCAAGUGCCGCAUGCAGGUGAAACCGGAGAACGACGAGUCCCUUGGAGCAGAGCGCUACGAUACCAUGAUGUGUACUGCCAUCUUGAAGCCUGCUAUCAAUAAGGAGAGCAACUCGUCAAAUAACGAUGCAGAAGGAACAGUGCACCUCUUCUGCAUCGCAAGACGUGCUUUACCGGAGGAGCACAACGCCUCCAUCUCUGACAACAUCGAGGAGUUCACGACCAAGCUCAGUCUGGAGUAUGUGAUCCAGUCGGCCGACCUGUCGCGUGUGAAAGGGCCGUCCUUCACCCAGGAGGAGAUGCUCCAUCAGACCAUCUUCAAGUUCUGCCACGCAAGCUCAAGGACGGAACUCAAGAACCGCAUCGAUGAAGCCAUGGAGAAAGGGAAGAGCUUGAUGACCACGUACAAGUUCCAGCUGUACAAGGACAACUGGGUGAACGUCCAGACGUCCUUCUACACCACACACCACCAUUCAGGUCAGCUUGAGUACAUCGUCUGUGCCCACACCAUCAUGAGAGAGAUGGACCAAAACCGUAGCACACCGGUGACUUCGAUACCUUCAACAAAUAACAACCCUGCAACGCAUAUGACGAACAUGAACAACAUGUCCAACAUGAACACAGACCACUUGUUAAAAGUGUUUUCCACCCAGAGACAGGGGAUGUCUCAUCAGAAAAUGAUGCAACUCAAAAACUUAGUACAGCAAAAGCAACAACAACAGCAGCAGCAACAACAACAGCAGCAGCAACAGCAGCAACAGUCCCAGGCCGGCAUGUGGAACGGCAGUGGUGGGGGUGCUGUUGGAGUUGUUGCUGGUGGUGGAGGUGCUGUUGGGGGUGUUGUCGCUGGUGGUGGGGGUCCCGCAGGGGCAGUUGGUGGACCUGGAGGUGCAGCAGGAGGUGCAGGAGUCGGUGGUAACGGUGGUGUCCUCAAUCCUGGAAACAUGAUGGGGCGGGGCAACAUGGCCAUGAAUGGCGGACAAGGAGGGGCAGGGGGAGCGGCAGGAGGCAUGCUUGGUGGUGGAAACAUGAACUACAACUCCAAUCAAAUGUCCGGCGGCAUGGGCCCGGUCAUGACGGACAAUGCUCUCUAUAACCGAGGAGGCAUUUCUGGGGGAACAAACCCCAACAUGAUGUUCAAUCGCGGAGGCACAGGAGGAGGCGGUAGUGGUGGAGGUGCUGGCACCCCCGGCACCAACGGUGGUCCUGGCGACAUGACCAAGCGCAACAAGAUGCCGCCAGCUGCCACCGCCACUACAGGUAGCCUUCGAGGCAACCAGGAUAAUACAGAUGACGUGUUCUUGCCAGAAAAUAACCAAGGGAAUGUGUACAAGAUGAUGAAUAACGGUGGGCCUUCAAGAGGAGCUCAAGGUAAUAAUAGACCGGACGAUACCGGUAGUCUGAACCCCAGCCCUGAUACCAACGAGAAGGACGGAGAUAGCAAGGAGGAUAACAACUUGCUGCAAGAUCUUCUGAAAGAGAAAGAGGAAACCAAAGGUGAUCCUGACAGCAACAAAAACAGAUCGGCAAUUCCCGGCACACAGAAGACCACCAAGCGCUUCCCCGAAAACGAUGAAGUUCUGGACAACAAUUCCCUACGCAACAUGAUGGAGAAGGCAGUCAAGGUGCUUCCGCAGAAGGCCAAAUCUGAAGAAGGCGAGGAUGAGCCUGGAAAUAAAAAGAAAGCCCCCAAGAUCCUCGGCGGGUUAUUAGAAGGAAACAAAAAGAUGAUGUUUGGCACCGGACUCUUGCCCAAAGAGCAGCCAGAGUUUGUGAGUAGUACAGUGGUUUCCACGACGACGAUAUGGAAGAAAGGAGAUCCAGAUCCAGAAUCUAACAAUAAUGGGGGACAGUGUACAAGCAGCAGUGGUAGUGGGGGAGGUGGCGGCGGUGGUAGUGGUGGUAGUGCGACCCAGCAGAAGAAAAAGAAAGGACAGUAUGUGUUGCUGCAACAACUCCUCAUGGAUGAUGAUUCCUCUGCGAAUAACAUUGUUAAGGGCAUGAAAGGAGACGUCGAAGGGAAGAGUUCUCAGGACUCCACAACCAGCCCAACGGUGACUACGACCAAACCCCACAUGCCUGCCUCACAGGAUGGUGGCCUUGGUCUCAGUGUUAGUGGGGACAUUGGGGAGGGUUUGGAAGACCCUGAUGCUAUCAUGAAGCAGUUGAUCUUGGCCUUUGAGACGCUCGAAGACAACGACCCGCACAAGCACAGUGCCAUGAACGAACUCCUGAGAGAGAUUGAAAACUCUGGUAAUGAGUCCCUGCAGGGAAGCGACACUCAAGUGAAGCCCAACUUACAUGGUGGCUCUGGACCACCGUUCCAAACUAAGGAUGGCAAGAGCAACCAGAUGCCAUCUAGUGGCGGCGCCGGUAUGCCUCCACAGAUGACCGGUCAACAGCAGCAGCAGGGCAUGAUGGCCGGCAUGCCUGGUCAGGGAGGUAGGCCCAAUCAAAGAAACAACCAAUCAGGGGGCCCGCAGUCUCAGGUGCCUAGGUCUACGAGCAACGUGAUGGUUCCUCCCAACCAGACAGCACCACAGGACAGUGGGAUGACAGCUGCUCAGAGCAUGGCGGCCCAACAGAUGCUGAGAGGACAACAGCAACAACAGCAGCAGCAGCAGCAGCAGCAAUCCCAAAAUUCUCAACAGCAAGCUUUGACACCAGAGCCACCCAUGUCUGAAGAUGAUGUCAAACUCCUUGAACAGUUUGAGCAGUUCUUGAAGAGCAGCCAAAUUCCGCUGCCAGAGAUUGAGAAUGCCUUUGGCCUGAACCCUGGGGGCAUGGGAGCUACGGAUGCAGCUGGAGGAAUGCAACAGCAACCUCAGCAGCAGCAUCAUCAGCAGGGACAUCCUGGCCAACAUCCUGGCCAGCAUGGUACACCAGGUCCUCAAGGACAGGGUCCAGGAGGCACCAUGGACACCAGAGUGUCACCUAUCACAGAUCUGUUGACUCAGCCGGGUGUGGGGCGUCCAGGCAUGCCGCAAGGAGGCUUCCAGCCAGGGAUGAGCGGCCCCAACCCAGGCAUGCCAGGGUAUCAGUCCCAGCAGCAACAACAACCGGGUAUGUCGCAGCAACAGCAGCAGCAGCAACAACAGCAACAGCACCAACAACAAAUGGGCAUGCCUGGCCAGAACAUGCCAGGGAUGAUGAUGGGUGGGCCGCAGGGUCAGGGACCAAGGUAUCCGACGCCAACGAACAUUCCGCACAUGGGGCAGGGGAAUUACGGGAUGCCCCCGCAACAAGGCCAGCAGCAACAUGCCAUGGGGCAGGGCAUUGGUGGACCUGGUGGUGCUAUGCAGGGACCAGGGAUGUAUCCAUCCAGGCAGAGACAGCUGAGAGCUGCGUUGAUGCUCAAGCAGACCAAGAAGCACCAGAUGAUGCAGCCACAGCAGCCACAACAGCAACAGAUGUGGAACUUACAACAACAAAGGCAACAACAAAUGCUUCAGCAGCAACAGGCCCAACAGCAGCAACAGCAACAACAACAACAAAGGAUGUUGCAACAACAGCAGCAACAGCAACAACAGCAGCAGCAACAACAACAAAAGAACCUCAUCAUGCUGCACCAGCAACAGCAACAACAGACCUUUUCAGGACCACAGGUCGGUGGCGCGGGAAAAGUUGCAACCACCACCAAAAAAAUGGAUUCACCUGUGUACAGUAGUGAAUUCUCUUCAAACAACAUUGUUCCACCUAAUGUUAGCAUUCAGCCCCAGAAACAGAAGAUGAUGUACCCCAACCAGAUGAACCAUCCUAUGAGUGGAGGACCAGGAAUGGGGCAGCAUCAAAUGGGUGGUGGUCCCCAGCAGUACCCCCACAGAACACCAGGUGCUGACUUCCGGCAACCGUCGUUUGGCCAGAUGAUGCCUCCUCAAAGCCAGCACAUGGGUUACCAAGGGGGGCAGAACUACCCCCAGGACUUUGCAGGGAUGGGUAGCAUGGGUAACAUGAUGCCCCCAGGCCAGGGAUCGAUGGGUAUGAACCCCAACCAGCAUCCCGGCAUGGGGGGCAUGAGGCCGACGGGGAUCAACCCCAAUAUCCCCCGUCCGAACUUGAACCAGGGGCAUGGCAUGAGCGCCAUGGGGAUGAAGCAACAUAUGCUGAGCCGAAGCCUGAGCAUGCCGCAGCAGAUGACGCAACCGGGCAACAUGGAACCAGAGCCGUACGGACAACCCUUCCAGCAGCAACCGCAACUCCAACGGGCGAACUCGAUGGGGAUGGCUCCCGGUAUAGCGGGCAUGCAGGGGGGCCAGAUGGCAGGUGGAGGGGGGCAGAUGCCGGUGUCCACCGGUCCCGGGGCGGGAACACCAGGCAACAUGAGGUGGAACAAUGGUCAGAUGAACCCCAACCAAGGCACCCCCGGUAACCAGGGAAUGGUACCUCCAGGAAUGAACCAGCAGCAGAUGAGUGGUGCACCGGGAAACAUGGCACCGGGAGGCAUGUCACAGGGGAUGGGACAAGGCAGUAUGGGACCUGACAUGUUCGGAGGUAUGCAGCCCAACAUGGAACUAACCAGCUCUGCUAGGAAUCGGCGUACACCAGUUGGAAACAUGACUACAACUCAGGCUGGUGGCGGAAUAAGGCCGGGAUUACCAGUUCCCACCUCCAUUCCCACCCCAAUCAACCUCCCAAGCCUAGCCAGUAUGAGCUACAAUGGCAACACCCCGACCCCGCCCACCACCACCAGUUCCGCGAACCCUCAGCAACAAACACAGCAACAACAAAUCCCACAUCCCACCACACAAAACCAGCAGCAACAACAACCGCAACAACAGCAGCAACAACAGCAGCAGGUGAUGAAGACUAUGGCAGUGACGUCGACGACCAGCGCCCCCUCGACUGCCAGUGGCCCAGGACAGCAGACGAGUCACAUGGGUGGUGCUGGGGCUUACAGGGGGAAUCCUGGGCCUGCUGGAGCAACAACAGGGAACAUGGGCAGACCAGUUGGACCAGGGGCUAAUAAUAUGACACCCUCCGCACCAGACCUCGAUAUGCUUGGAAUUACCAUGGAACUUCUUGAUCCAUCUUACAACAAGGAUGAGAAGAACGUUGGGAUGGAAGCAAGCAAGGGUAUGGGUCCCGGUCCCGGUCAAGGUCAGCAGACCAAUAGCUACGUCAGCCAGCCAGACAGCACUGGACCGGUACGUCAAGGUGGCCCCUCUUCAUCGUAUGCAGAGAACCAGGCCAGGCAGGAUGCCAGGAAAAGAUAUCAGGAAUUUGUUGAGAUCUCCAAUGCCAAGGACGCACCUGACGCCACCACCCGUGCCUCCAACCUGUUCCGCAACCAGCUCAGGCAGAGGGUAGGAGGGGCCAACCCCGGUGCGGGGGGACCAGGGGGUAUGAUGCCAGGACAGGGGCCAGGAGGAUUCCCAAACGGAGGUGAUGAGAUGGGUGGCCAUGAUGCGGAUGGAAAGGGCAGCCUACUUCAGAAACUGCUCUUAGAUUGAGACUGCUCUAUAAUAGCUUCAUCGUUCCACAGAUGGUUUUGAUAUUAAACCCAUCCUAAUUCCAUUCAUCAAGACUUGCAAACCACAAUCAUUGUCGUACGUGUGUAUCGUAUACCAUGAGCUGCUUGUAACCUUCACUUGCCCUUCACCAUGCAUGGAUACAAAACUAACUAAAUUUUAGAUUCUCCACUGUUUCUGAAUGAACAAAAAGAAAAGAAAAGAGUCGAAUCGAUCAUUAUAUCCUGAAUUCUCCAGUAUCUAUCCAAAACAUGGAGAUUUCUUCACAAGAUUUGUUUCAUCUAAUCCUGUGGUUCUUAACCCGUCGACUCCUGCAUUUUCUCAAACCCUGUAGGCUAUAUAUCGGAAACAGCCAGAUGUAUAGACUUUUGAGUAGAGAAAAAGAAAUGUUUCACAGAUCACAACAGUACGACAUGCUGUUUGGUGAAAUGUUUUGAUGCAUAGUCCCUCACUUCUCACCACAGUAGCAAUUUGUGUAUGAACGCACCUCCGAAGGUUGGCAACGGGUAUGACAUUUCAUCUUAUCACCUACAAAUCCUACUUUUAAAAAGGAACCUGUUAUACCACCAAGUACAAUACACAGAACACAACCAUCAUACUCUUUCGAUAUUAACUUGAUUUGUUUAGUAUGAUGGUUAUGACUUGGAGCCAUGGAUGUUGUUUAUUUCAUCCAGCACUGCGUGUUAAAGCAAAAUCCACUUUACAUUAAGCAUUGAAGAUGUUUCAAGUUCAAAUGGUUUUAUUGUGUAUUCACAUCACGUACAUUCUAUCGUACCGUAUUACUCUCCUCUGCUUUUCUGUACAGCUAUCUUCCUUUUUCAAAAACAUGAGAAAAUACGAGUUACAAAGUAAUACAGGCAUGAACUAAUGAUCGAAGAAGAAGAUGUAAACCCCAAAAGUUCUCUUAUAAGAAACAUGAAAGCUGAUUGAAAAAGUUGUACAUGUUUAUGAAAUUUAAUGAAGAGAGGUUAGAUGAUCUCAGGGAACAAAAAUAUAACCCUCUCUCUCGUGGAAUGAAAACAAAAAGAGAAAAGAAAAUGUGGAAAAGAUUGUGAAAUUGUAUUUUUUUGUUUUGAAUUCUCAACUUAUGGGACUUUUAGAACACUUUUGAAUUCAGACAUGAUUACAUUGAUUGAUAUAAAUCAAUAUGAUGUUUGGAAUGUAGUAGAAUGUGACCAUUUCUUUGAGUCUAUGAGACCAUAAGAGAUGGGCAUUAUCUGCUGGAAUUACCCACCAACAAAUAGAUAUAUUUCUUUGUUUGUUUGGGUAUUUAAAUAUCCAUCAAUUUUGAAUGACUUCAAAUUGAUUUUGUCUUUCCUUUGUUGUCUCGGUUAAAAGGGAGUCUUGGUUUCGGAUGAAUGGUUUGAUUUAGGGAAACUUGAUCAUUAUUCUAUUCACUAAGUUUUGUUUUAAUUUGGGAGGGAAGCCUGAAUAUGAAUUUCUUGAAGAAUAGUUUCUUCCAAAAACUUGAGAGAUAAUGAAUUACGGUAGGAGAGAGAGUGAUGGUGUAAACUCCUUCCUGUUCUCCCCAUCUCUCCCUCUCGCUCUUUCUACAUCUCUUCCUCUUUUUUUUCUUCCUCUUCUCUUCUCUUGCACCAAGAUUGUGUUCCACAGGUGGAUGUACAGAAUGAUUAUAUACAUGGUUGUAAAUAUGAAUAUAUGAAUAUAUAAUUAUUUCAAUGUUUUAUAUGAGACUGAUUGUGGAUGAGCUAAUGAACGGAAGAGAGAAAUAUAUAGGUCAAAAGAGAGCGGAGAGAGAGAGAGAGAGAGAGAGAGAGUGAGAGAGAGAGAGAGAGGGGGAAAGAGAGAGAGAGAGGGAAAGAGAGAGAGAGAUAGAGAGAGUUUUUGAAUGCUCAGAUAUUUUUUUGAGUGAAUUAAAAUGCUGAAACAAAACUAAUUAUGUGUUCUGCAUGUAUCCUCCACCUACUUGCUUCCCUGCAUUAUCCAGAGUAUAAAAAAAAAAAAAAAAAAUGAAGCAGAAAUUUGAUGAAAGAUCUUUAUUUCUUCCUCUUUAUUUAAUUUUCUCUGUUUUGCAAGAUGUUCCAACGUUAUCUCUUUGUUCUUGUUGUUGUCAUUAUUUUCACCCUAUACUUUGUAAAUAUGCCAAAAACUCUGCCGAGAAGUAAAGAUAUCCGUGUAAUUUAUCACGGAAGAUUCAGCAGUAGAUUCUUCUGAAUUUUGUGUGCAAGUUCCUCCAAAUAUCAGGAGGUAGAGUCUAUGAUCUUAGUUCUAAAAGUAAUAGAAUGAUUUUGACAUCUCUUUCCAUUUUAUUUCUUCUAUUUUUUAAUAAUAUUUUAUAUAAUUUGGUCAAUUUUAACACUCGGUCAUGCAAGACACAAUGUACGUUGAAAUGAUAUUCAGUACCCCUGUUCCUUUUUUUCAAUUAGUUUAUUAGAGUAUUUUGUUUAUGGAUUUGCCAUGAGUUUUUAGAUACAUUAUCACAUUAUUUUUGUAGGUAUUAAAUCAUGAUUUAUUUCUAUCAACUCUUUAGAAAUUAUCUCAUGCUAAGAAUGGCCAAUUUUCAUUUAUUUUAAGUUUUUGAUCAAGACUCAUAGAAAUUUUCCUUUUUUUAAAUUGACAUUCAAAAUUUUCACAUCAUUCUGAAAACUGCUGCAUUACACGUUUUCUAUAGAAAUGCUGUCGCUGAAAAAAAAAAAAGAGAAAAUUUAGAAGAUGGAAAAUGUUCAACUAAGAGAGCGAAUUUGACAUUAUUUGUGAAGCUUCCCACCAAAUAUGACCAAUUAGUGGGGCACAUUUUGAUAAAUUGUAAAAUAUCACUUUGAAAGAACAGUAUGUAUUGUAUGAAUCGAGAGCAAGUUUUUCUUUCUAAGUGUCCUUGUUUUGUGUGGAUGCACUCACAUGUAGAAGUAUAAUAUCAGUUACGAUAAUUGGUGAAAUUCAAACUGGUUUUGAAGAGUUAAUACCGGUAUACCAAAAUCUUGUACCACAGUGAAGUCGUUGCUUUUCGAUAACAAGUAAAAAGAAGUGAUUUAUACUGACAGUAAAAAUAACGGGAGACUAUUUGUUUUUAGUUCAUGACAAUUCAAACCUGAAUAGUUAUAUGAUCAAAUUUUGUCUUACUGCAAGGAGAAAUUUGCCAAUUUUUUUUAAUACACACUGCUGCACAGACUCUGAAAAUCUUUGUAAUGGAUGGAGCUUAUGCUUAUCCCACAGAAUUAUUUUUGAGAUAACUGACAGUUUCAGAGGUUGUGAUGUUUCCUUUUGCAUAGUGACUAUAUGUGCGUGCAUUAUCAUUAUGACUUUUCUUUUUCUAGAAGUUUUUUUUACAACCCAGAAAACGUGAUAAAACAGCAAUCAAGCAACUGAUAAUUUCCUACAUGUAGACAUCAACGAUUAUUUUUUUGUUCGUGCCCCAAAAAUCCAAUAGUGCGGCUGCUCUCAUUUUAAAAAUAAUUUAAGUUUCGUCCCACUUAAAGAUUUGAUAACAUCUUGCUUUAAAAGUUACUUUUGCUCUUUAAACUCCAACAUGGAUAUGGCUUUAUUUGUGUUGUGUGUUUUUAUGUAUAUACACAGAUAAAAAGGCGCUCUAAGGAAAUUACGGCCUAGGCUAGACAUUGUGUUGCUUGUACAUACUUCCGUUAUAGUAUAUUGUGUUUUCAUUGAUAAUCAGUAUAAAGCUACGUGUAUUAGCAAAUUGCGUUUUGGAAAUUAGAUUUUCAUCUCGAUGUAUUGCAUUAGCAGAGAAAACUUGCUCAUUUGCUUUUCUUUUUAUGUUUAUUUUUAAUUUUGCAUCAAAGAAAACAACAACAUUUGUUUUGUUUUUUGGCAGAGGCCACAUAUAAAAACUUGUACAGAGAGAAACUUAUGUGAAUAAUUAUAUGAAAUAUUUGUAUCAUACAGAUUUCUUUGUUUUUUGUUUUUUGUUUGUUCAAUGUUUCUAUGUCCCAUCAUGUUCUUUUGAGAACAAGAAUCUUCUAACUCAUUUUGUGAAAUCAAAAUAUAUGUCGAUAUAAUUGUAUUGAUUUCUUUUUUCAUGAUUUUAUGUUUAUUUGCAAAGUGCAAAUGAUUUUGAAGAAAAAAAAUAUGAAAAAAAUGGGGAAAAAAUGGAAUCUAUGUUUGACAAAUGAGAUUGUCACCGUGAAUGCAUUUUACUCUUUGAUUUCUGUAUGUAUGUAUGUAUGUAUUAUUAAUAUUAUUAAUGAUAUCUUGCUGUUACAUUCUGUAAUUGGGCGAGUAAUGAAACAUAAAUAAAACAUAAAUAAAACAAAAAAAUGUUCCAUCAAA